ACCAAAUAUUUGGGUCAGCUUCUUACUCGGGAUCAUUCUUGGCAGGAAAUGCACCCUGAGCAACGCGCAGCAGUCUCUCAGCAGUAUUAUUGCCCUUCUGGCCGUGUAAAGAGCACCGACCAGGGCCAGGGUUUCCAAGUCCAGCGGUAGAGAUGUCUCAGUUGUCAGCUGAAGAUGAAGCGGAGUUGCAGUCCCUGCUCAAGCAGCUUCUUAGAAGCAUCAACGACAAGUUCUCUGAUGCUCCGUCGACCGAAUGUGCUGAAGAGAUCCUCCUUCACCUGGAGGAGACUGACAAGAACUUCCACAAUUAUGAGUUUGUCAAGUAUCUCCGUCAGUACGUGGAGAGUUCGCUGGGUACUGUGGUGGAAGAAGAGACCAAGAACUUGACCAGAAGAGAUGGACAACACGCAAUAGGCUCAGGUCACGACACCUUGAUCCACGCUGUCACCCAGAGGACCAGAGACUCAGCUGAGUACCAGCAGAUGAUGCAGACCUUGAAAAACACAAUGACCAUAGUGGUGGAGUCUUUAAUCAACAAAUUUGAGGAGGACCAGAUGAGGAAGGAGGAGAUGCAUCGAGAGAAGCAGCACAAUCAGUCCAACAGCCAGUACAUUGACAACUGUUCUGACAGUGACUCCUCCUUCAAUCAGAGUUAUGCAUUCAUCAGACAAGAGCAGCUGCAAGCUUUGGCUGAAAAACUUGACUCCAGCAGACCCAAAGAGGUGCGUUGGCAGGCUCUUCAGGCCCUCUGCUGUGCCCCUCCGUCUGACGUGCUGAGCUGUGAGAGCUGGAGCAGCCUGCGCAGGAACCUCUGUGCAGCUCUGACCGACCCCGGCCUCAGCGAUAAUGUACUGCAGUUCUUUGCUAAAAUCUUCUCCUCUUCUCCACUAAAUGUGACACGAGAGAUCUACACCAGCUUGGCUAAAAGUGUGGAGUCAAGUUUUCUGUCUCACAAGCUAAGCUUUCCGACUGCCUCAGCUGCCAUUGACAUUAACAGACCUGAGAUCAGUCGUCUUCUCAAACAGAUUCGGUUGAUGAAUGACUUUCAAAAGGAGGUGACAACCUUUUGGAUCCGCCAUCCUGAGAAAUAUAUGGAGGGCAUUAUAGAGAGCACCUUCUCCCUGCUGUCCUUCCAUCAUGAACAUGGCUCAGCCUCACCAGGGACAGAGAAGGCCCUGGAACCCAUUCACCUACUGGCCUUGCUGGAUAUUAAAGCUACCUGGUUUAAAAAGUGGAUGCAUGGAUACUACAGUAGGACUGUGGUUCUCAGACUCCUGGAGAGAAAAUACAAGUCUCUGAUUGUAGCAGCCAUUCAGCAGUGUAUCCAUUACAGUGAAUCCUGUGAACGCUUCACAAAUGAGACAACUGAACCCCAGUCAGCGGAGCAGCAGAGCACUGGUUCAGUCCAGAGGGGUGUUUACACAGGAAAAGAGCUUGAAUAUGCCUUCUUUGUCCACUCGCUGUGUGUCCUGGGGAAACUCCUCAUCUACAUUAAUGGCAGAAAGCUCUUUCCCAUCAGAGUGAGGAAGCGCAAAGAUCCAGUCAUCCUGACAGACCUAGUUGUCAUCCUGAUUAACAUCAUCUACCAACACCCCAAACCUCUGCACAGUGAUGCCUCACACACAGACUCCCUGUCGCCCAGCUGUCUGGCGAUGGAGGUGCUGUGGAUGCUGUGUGAGAGGACGGAGUGCGCUGCAGAGUGUCUCUACCAGACCCCUGUAAUAGAGACACUGCUGGCUCCUGUUAUAGCUCUGCUCAAUGGACAGCAGGCCAAAUUAAAAUCUCCUUCAGCAACACUGACUCUCAUCGCUGAUGUUCUGGCUCGCAUCGCAAACACCGACAGAGGAUUAGCUCUUUUCUUAUACGAGAAGAAUCUAGUUGUAGCCCACAGCGAGAGAACCUUUGCCGCUCAUGUCAUUGUCCAGUUCACCCUCAGGCUGCUGGAUAAGGAGCUGUCAUCACUAAGUGAAUCCGACAUGUCCCAUACAUCAUGUGGAGCCUUUAUCUUUGUCUGUAGGCAGAUGUACAACACCUGUGAGGGUUUGCAGGUUCUCCGACCCUACGGCCUGCACAAGGCUGUAGCUGCUGCAUGGAAAAAGACCAGUUCCUUGUCGGAAAGAGUUCCAACACCUGUACCUGGAGCCGCUGCUGGAACAUCCACCCAGGAUGUACAGAACAUGCAUAUCUGGGAGGAGACGUUGUUGGACAGCCUGCUGAACUUUGCUGCAACUCCUAAAGGCCUGCUGCUGCUCCAGCAGACAGGAGCCAUCAAUGAGUGUCUCUCCUACAUGUUCUCUCGCUUUACUAAAAAACUACAGGUGAGCCGCUGUGAGAAGUUUGGAUAUGGGGUGAUGGUGACACAGGUGGCAGCAACUGCUCCAGGGGUGGCAGCUUUGCACAGUUCAGGUUUUGUCCGGGCACUGGUAGUAGAGCUGUGGUCUGUUCUUGAGUGCGGCAGUGAAGAUGUUGGGGUGGUCCGUCCCAAGCCCACACCCAUGGACCCCAUAGACAGGAGCUGCCUCAAGGUAUUGUGGUCCUUCCUGUCCAUAGUCAACCUGCUCUCCUCCUCCCAAUCGGUGUGGGAGCUCAUGGGCCGGCAGCCUCUGGCCAACAAGAGUGAAUAUACCCUGAGAGAGAUGCCAACCUCCAUUCCUGAUCUGAUUGAUAGGCUGAUUGUUGUGAAUUCAGAUGCAAAGAUCCAUUCCCUGUUCCACUAUGAGCAGUCUCACACAUUUGGCCUGAGACUGCUUAGUGUGCUCUGCUGUAAUCUGGACUCCUUUCUGCUGCUGGAGAGCCAGUACAACAUCUGCUCCAUGCUGCUGCAGAGCCAGAGGGAGAAUGUCACUGAGCUGGACACCGAUGAUGGGGAGUUCAUAAUCGACAACUUAUCAGUGGAGAGGAAUCACGUGCUGGUUCGUGUUAGUGUGGUGGGAGGUCCGUCUGAGAGGAUGCUUCCUCCUCGAGCACUGCAACAGGGAGAACAUCCUUACCCCUGGCCCAUGUUUUCAAGCUACCCUCUGCCUCCCUGCUACACUUUGGAACCAACAAAGAUCCACCAUAACUCACUGGACUCUGAGAUCAGUACAUUCCUGGCAUCUUCUAAAGACUCAAAGAAUGAGGAGAGCUGGAUGGAGAUCUGCCGCAGACAGUACUGCAAAGUCAUGACCUCCAAACCCAACAUCUUAACUGGAAAGGUGCUGGCUGACCUUCUGGAAAAGGUUGUGGCCCAUCUUUCGAACUCUGCCACAGACUGCUUCUUCUCUCCGGCUCAGUACAAAGCAGAGGAGAAGAGCGUGAAGAGUGCUGUAUUAUCAUCCGUGGAGCAGCUGGGAAUCGACACCUGUCUCAGGUACGGCAGCUACCUCAAGCUUCUGACAGAAGAUGCCGUGAACGAUCUGACGCCGCUGAUGAAGCACAUUAAGAUUUUCCUGUCUACACAGAGAGUUAAAAUGGCUUCAGAACUCAUCACUCUUCAGGAUGGUUAUCCAGGCCAUGACUGGCUGACCUCUACAGUGUUCCUCAUCAUGGCUGGAGACAUGGACCGGUCUCUGAGUUUGCUACUCAACUUGUCCUCUCUGCUUACCUCUGCAUUCAUCUGGCCAGCAAGGAUACAUGCCUCUGUCCAUGUUCCUGUGGAAUUAGCUGAAUCAGGAAUCCCUCCUGUUUACUGGUGUACAGCUCACUAUGUGGAGAUGCUGCUGAAAGCUGAAGUUCCUCUGGCCCACUCCGCCUUCAGGAUAUCUGGUUUUACCCCGUCACAGAUGUGCCUCCACUGGUUGACUCAGUGUUUCUGGAACUAUCUGGACUGGACAGAAAUCUGCCACUACGUCUCCACCUGUGUGGUGAUGGGUCCUGACUACCAGGUGUACAUGUGCGUGGCCAUAUUUAAACAUCUGCAGCCAGACAUCCUGCAGCGUACACAGUCCCAGGAGCUGCAAGUCUUCCUCAAGGAGGAGCCAAUCCAGGGCUUCAAGGUGAGCGACUACCUGGAGCUCAUGGAGGGACUGGAGCGCAGCUACAGACACGUUGUUCUCACCGACAUGAAGGCCAUCCGCAACCCUGCCGAGUGAGAAAAUGUUGAAAGUUUCUGUGUUACACACAUUACAACAGACAGUCUUUAAAGUGGUUGUUAGACAACUUUUAAUCUGCCUUAAAUUCAUAACAGCUUGGUUAAGAAUCCGUACGUGUGUGUAUGUCCUGAUGUAAUGAAACACUGCGUUUCUCAGGCAAUUUAAGCCACAGUACAAAAAAAAAGUACUUUAAAAGUACAAACGCACAGUAUGCAUUUGAUAAAGGGUCUCACGUUAAUAUUAAGAGACUGACUAACACAUUACUGGUUUUGAACUUUUUAUGGGAUUUGUUGACGAUAAGAAAAUACAUAAAAGCACCAGGCUUAUCUUAAAUGGAGUCUACACCAAAGAUUACCAAACUAAUCUAAUAAUGUAACACCAUAAUGUUGUAUCUGUAAGAAGGUAUUUUUUUUUUACUGUACAUGCAGACUGAUCUCAUAAAGUGGCAUAUAUGUAUGACAUGCCAAUUUGUAUUCCAUUUUUGCGAGUUAUGAAGACGCAUAAUCGCUUUUUAGCGUGUUUAUCAACGCUAUUCGGCCGAGUAGUAUAAAAGGACGGAGGUUGGGGGAGGGGGGUGGAUGGGUAAAACACAGGACUUUCACCCAGGAGAGCCGGGAUCGC